UUGACAUUUCUCAACAAACAAAAAAAUGACAGUCAUAAAGUGGUCAUAAAUUGAUAAAUUGUUGAAAGCCAAAUAAGUAUGAAAUAUUUAUACAAUAUUUAAUUGAAAUAAAAUAAGCAGACAUGGAGGCUGUACCGAAAUUGUCAUUUCUUAGCUUUGAAUUAAAGAUAAGCCCGGAGAAUACGCAUUUUGGACCUAAACUUAAACAGUAUAUAGCGGAGGCCUAUCGAGAAGAUCCUGACAGUUAUGGCAAUGAAAUUCAUCAAUUGGAAGGGCUGCGCUCCGCUGCAGUGCGACCUACUAUUGACGCAGCAGGUCUUAAAGCUCUUAACAAAUACUUUUGUCAGCUUCGAGCCAUGCAAAGCCGAUUUCCAAUGGCUAAAGGUCAACCAGCCGCCUGUCCUUUUGCUUGGAAAGAUUUGUAUGCGAAUAUGAAUUGUUCAUUAUCUGACAUAAGAUUUGAGAUGGCAUGUAUACUGUAUAACAUUGGAGCACUUCACACACAACUCGCGGCAUCCGAGGCUCGCGCCACUGCGGACAGCUUAAAGGCAGCUUGCCAGCACUUUCAAAAUGCAGCUUGGGCUUUUCAAUAUCUAAGGGAACAGUAUCCUCAACCAUCAGGAGCUGAUGUCUCAUCGGAAAUCCUGAAACUGUUGCAGGAGAUUUGUUUUGCUCAAGCACAAGAAUGUAUAUUGGAUAAAAGCAGACAAGACACAAGAAAAUCUAGUGUUAUUGGUGCUGUUGCAACACAAGUGUUACAUUUUUACAAAAAUUCACUAGCGAUCCUGGGUCCGUCCACAGGCACAGACAACAUCCAUGAGAUCAUAGGCACCAAGCUGUAUAAUACCUGGUAUCGCAACCUGUCUUUUAAGGCUUCGUAUAUUGGAUGCAUAGUGGCUUUGUAUCAGGGAAUCAAUGCUGAAGAGCAGCAAAAAAUGGGAGAACGAGUUGCAUAUUACCAACAAGCUGUUGACAAAUUGAAUGAAGCUCGGAAGCUAGCAAAGUACAUUGAACCUGUACAGGCUACACAGGAGGCACUGACAUUCACAAAUGAUAUAGUGGAGGGGAAAAGAAAAGCUGCAAAGAAUGAGAAUGAGUUCAUUUAUCACGAGGAAGUGCCUGAGAAGGACAUGUUGACAGAGCUGAAGCCCGUGUGCCUGGUUAAGGCAGUUGCUAUUAAUUUCAAUGACCCAGAGGUGUCAGGACAAGAUAUAUUCUCACGGCUAGUGCCGAUGGGAGCUCAUGAAGCCUCAUCUUUGUAUUCAGAGGAGAAAGCCAAGCUACUGCGGCAUGUGGUCAGCCAAGUGGAGGCCAAGAAUGUGGAGCUCACAGAGUUUAUGUCUUCCUUGCAAUUGGAUCAACUGGAUGUACUUGAUACAGAACAAAAAAUACCGCAAGAGAUUGUGGACCGAUGUGCAGCCAUGAAUGCCAAGACUGAGAUGAUCACCACCCUAGUGGACUCUAUGAACAGUCUCGCCGAAGUGAUCAGCGAUGUGGAGCAUGCUUUGGCAGAAAUUAAGGCUGAUAUAGAGGAGGAGCGGCAGCUGGAGCGGCAGCACGCGCAGGCGCUGGCGGCGGGCGCGCGGCCGCCGUCGCUGGUGCAGACGGAGCUGGCGCGCGAGCUGCACAAGUACGGCGAGGCGCACGCGCGCACGGCCGACAGCAACCUCGUGCUGCACAAGGCCGUGGCGCUGCACCUGGCCAACCUGCGCCUGCUGGCCCAGCCGCUGGACCGCCUGCGCGCCGCCGUGCCCAGCCCGCACGACAUCGAGGGGCUGGACCGCAGCACGAUGGCGGAGAUGCGGCGCGUGGUGGGCAAGGCGCGCGAGAUGCAGCAGCAGCGGGCGGCGCUGCUGGCGGAGCUGCGCGACGAGCUGGCCGCCGACGACGUCACCGCCAAGCUGCUGGCCGACCCCACGCUGUCGCACGAGGACCUCUUCCGCCGCCAGCUCGACCAGCACACGCCCAAGGUGAAGAUAAUAGAGCAGAACCUGUCGGCGCAGGAGAACAUCAUCAACCGGCUCACGUCGCUGUACGCCGCGUACGGCGACUCGCGCCGCCUGCUCGCCGACGUGCUGCGCCGCCGCGACGCCAUGCUCAGCGCGCUGAUCACGUCGUACGACAGCUGGGGCGAGCUGGUGGGCAAGUGCCGCAAGGGGCUGGAGUUCUACCGCAAGCUGCAGCACAACCUGGGCGGGCUGCGCACGCGCCUGCGCGCCGCGCGCCACGUGCAGCGCGACGAGCGGCACCUCGCCGACAGCGCGCCCUCCGGCCCCGCCGCCGCGACCCCCGCCAACCCCGCCGCGACCCCCGCCAACCCCCCCGACACCAGCGACACUGCCGGUCCCGUAUUAACGAGCAAGGUCGGUCCGGUGCCAACUGGCGCCGCCCCCAAACUGAAGGACUACCUACCCUACAUGAAAAACAGAACCCUGGCCAGAAACAUGCCGCCGCAAGCCCCCGUGGAUCUUCAACCGGACUCUUCGUACCCAGACCCGAUUUACCCCACAUCCAUUCGACCUAACCCCGUCGGCUCUGAAGCCACCGACCUUGCUCAGCCGCAUCUGCCUGACGGUGUCACGCCUAACGUGGCUUAUAUGCGAUAUCCACCCGCCUACAUGUCGACCGAAAAUGACCCCUAUGCUGCUGCUAAAUAUGGAUACAGCGCCCAUAAGGGAUUAAAUAAACCUGAAGAAAUAAACCCGCAGAAUUACAAUUAUGCUGCCUAUUCACAGCCUCAGUUUCCGACGUCGAUGCCGGAACAACAAAGCUAUGCCCACCCAUACCAAGCCGCACCUCAGAGUGCUCCCAUGCCAGAUGCACAGAAUACAACCAUGUAUAACCCGGGGCAACCAAACGUGCCGGAAAAUCCUUACGCAGCCACAUACAACCCGUACAUGGCGAGCCAGGUCAGCUCGGCCGCGGAUAUGACGUCAUAUCAUGCCAAUCAAGACUUGAGUGCAAAUUUUUCCCAAAUGCACGUUUCGACGCCAAAAUCAGAUCCCAUGAGCAACUUCAGUGGCGAAUAUUCGCAAACGUACUUCAGCGUGCACUACCCGCCCACCUCCUCCAACGUGGCCACCUACAGCCACGCCGCGCAAAACAACAACACUAACAGCACCACGCAGCUCUCCACCGACUACAGCAUGAACUACCCCUACUCAGCCGAAGGCAAUCAAUACGGCCAAAAUGUCCCCAGUCAACCUACUUUCGCACAAGAGGUGCCGAAUUCAUAUCCAAGUUAUUCUCAAGCUCAGCAAAAUCCAAGCGGACACCCGUCCGCGUCCACCGCCGCUCCCAAUACUUAUCAACCAUAUCAAAAUGUCCCAAACGCUUCCAACGUUUAUUCGCCCACGUCCGACUUUAAUUCUGGGAACAGUUUUACCAACACCUCCAACACUAACACGUACGCAUCUGCUAGUGUCCCAAAUCCUAAUAUGAGCGCGCCCACUUCGUUGCCGUAUCAAAAUAUAAACACGUCUAACUCGAUAUCGAAUGUAUCGAAUCCUUACAGUGUGAACCAGCAGUACGCCUUCACCGCCGGGUUCGAUAACUUAUCCCAGGGAUACGUGUACACCAACGCCGAUACUUCCGGCACUUCGACGACCAACGCCAGCACCACCGCUUUUAGCACUGGACAAGGUUACAGCCUGCCGACCGAUUCUGCCAACUAUAUAAAUCCGGCCCUCUCUCAAAUCGACGCCUAUGAUAAGCCUAUCAAGUCGCACGCCAAAGGAGAAGCUCUAUCCGCUCCGCCAAUCUCGAGCUAUCAAAGUUUCAACACGAACGUGCCCGUGAACUACAUCCCAGAACAAACUGUUCCGCCGACCUACAAUGAACAGAACAACCCGGGCUACGGGCAAACUUAUCAGAACCACCCGGGCUACACUUACAACGCGUGCACGGGAAACUACGAUUAUAGUUACGGAUCUCAAAAUUCGUUCAACAAUUACGGACAACAAACACAACAGACCAUUGACCCUCAGGCGAUGAAUCAGAAUCAGCAAAAUUGGACGAGCAGACGCAUCCGAGCGGUCCCGCUGCGGGUCGCGCGGGCUCGCGCGCAGGUGAGUGCCGCAUACAGAGUGCGCGUGUCCGCAGACUCGGGGCUGGGCCGCGCCACGCCGCCGCGCCGCGCGGCCUCGCCCGGCCUGCGCGCGCUCGCCUCGCCCGCCUCGCCCUACCCCGCCUCGCCCGCCUCGGGGCCCGGCUCGCUGCCCGGCGCCAUCGGCAAGCGCCGCGCUACGCACGACGACACCUCCGACGUCUCCUCCACGCACUCCUCCAUCAUGGACUACUCGGGUGAGUCGUCCCGCCCGCCCGCCCCCGCGCCCGCGCCCGCGCCCGCGCCCGCCGCGCGCCGCCGCAAGCGCGAGCGCGCCGCCCGCGACGAGUACGACGACGAGGAGGAGAUGCCGCUCUCGCUCCGCACCAAGAUCAAGCAAGAGAAGACGAGGAAGAAGGACAAGGAGGAGUCGGGCGGGGGGGCGCGGGGGCGGCGCAAGGUCGCCAAGUCGUACGUGGACGAGGACGACGGCGAGCUGGACAUCCCGCUGAAGGCCAUCAAGAAGGAGCUGAAGCCGGAGCAGACCGUCUCGCUCGAGCGCUUCUACUUCGGCCAGACUGCGGAGGACGAGCCCGAGGCCGUCACCAUCGCGGUUGAGUGUCCGAAGUGCCAGCAGAUGUUCCACGAGAGCCUGGCGCUGCAGACGCACCUGGCGGAGCACGUGGCGGGCGGCGCGGGGGCGGAGGGCGAGGGCGAGCUGUGCCCGUGCUGUCUGAAGCGCUUCCCUGCGCCCGAGCUGGAGCAGCACCUCGCCGCGCAGCACCCGCUCGACACCAAGUCGCCCGACCUGUUCACCUACGCCUGCCUCAUCUGCGAGGUGCGGUUCGCGGCGGUGCUGACGCUGGCGGCGCACAUGCAGAAGGCGCACGCGCCGCGCGAGCUGCCGUACGCGUGCGGCGCGUGCGCCUUCCGCGCGUCCGCGCCGCGCGCCACGCUGCGCCACGUGCAGCGCGCGCACCGCCGCUCCGACAAGCUCUUCUGCCCGCACUGCUUCAAGGUGAUGCCGGUGUACGCGGACGGGUGCGAGAUCACCGCCAACGUGCUGCUGUUCCUGGACCACCUCCAGCAGCACCGGGACAAGCUGGAGAUCCGAUGCAAUCGCUGCACGCUCAAAUUUGUACAUCUCGGCCAGCUCAAGGAACAUCAAAUCCGAGACCACAACUCCAUUGACGAAGUUCUGCCGCUCUGCUCUGAGGAACAUCUUAUCAAUCAGCCUAAGAACAAGGCGCGACCGCCGGUGAAGGACUCCACGAGCCACUCCAUCAGCGAGACGUUCGAGGGCCUCACGCUGGUGCUGCCCGAGGGCCGCCUCUGCCGCGAGUGCGACACGCCGCUCGACAGCGACAAGCACUUCCUCGGCGUGACGACGUGCAGCAAGUGCCCGUACGCGUCGUCAUGCUACCGCGCCAUGCUGCGCCACAGCGGCUGCUGCGCCGGCGCGCACUCGCUGGAGGACGCGCCGCGCCGCGCGCACACCGCGCUGCACUGCGUGUGCGGCUACGCCACGCCCAUCGGUACGGAUAUGCUGACGCAUCUGCUGAUGACGCAGCACUCGAGCGCGUACUCGUCGGAGGAGGAAGCGCGCGCGAACAUCGCCGCGCCGCCGCGCGAGGAGCCCCCGCCGCAGCCCGCACAAGCCGUACAAGUUGCGCAGGUUGCACAGGAUGCACAGGCUGCGCAGCCCGCACAGCCCGCGCAGGCGGAGCCGGACGCACAGGCGCCGCCCGCGCAGCCGCAACCCGCGCAGCCCGCACCCGCUCAGCCGGCGCAGUCUGAUACGGUUCCUGUGGACACCAGCAUGUCAGCGAUAUCGGAGUACGCUCCUCCAUCGGUGAUCAACACUCAGUUGUCGCUGGAUGACCUGGCUCCACCCUCACUGCUUCAGCAGGACCAGCAUGAUCAGGAGCUACUCAAGGAGGCCUAUGACAGGCCCUUGGCGACCCCGCGGCAUGAGGAACAGCACUACAGCCUCGGAGACUUCGAGCCGUUGCCACAGGAGCCGCCACCACAACCAGACUUUGAACAACUAUAGAAAUUACAUCUUUACUGCAAAAAUCAAUAAAUAUUCAUAUACUUGCUUAGAUUCUUCUAUGAUGCAUAACAAUAUUCAAUGUUUAAUUUUAUAGGGAAAGGAUAAAUAAAGAAGUGAAAAUGU